UGCGAGACUCCCAUGCAAAAACUUCGACACUGCAGCCUCGCCAGACUUUCCUACAGGUCCCCCGUUAGAACCCCGAAACCUGGAGGAUGGAGAACAUGGAGCUGGUCACAAGUGGCUCGGGAGUACUGUCACGAUGUUUUUACAGAUAACCUACUGACGAAACGUGUUUCGUGUCCCACGAGUGCAUUAUUAACUUUAUUGCUAUCACAAACCUACUCAGGGGUCGACGAAAGCGUGUAGCUGGGUGGACAACACAGACAUCAGCAGGAACCUCAAGACGCCAGAAACGAUCAGCAGGGACAAAAGGUUGGAGGUCGGGUGUGGCCAUGUAUCGGAGAAUCCCUUACAAACAACCACCCAGGUACAGCGAGCUGGUAGUUUUAUUCCGUGACCAGGAGCAUGUGAACUAUACCGGAAGUGUGCAGGUGCAGCUACGGUGACUCGCACACUCACGUCUUCCUCCCAGUCCUUGAACUCGAAGACCUCCCAUCCCGACAGGCAUUGCGAGGGAAAGCACGCUGCAGGAACACUAGCGCCGCCUCUGGUGGAGGAGCGAGUGUCUCACGGAGGGAGCGCAUCGUCGGACCAACUGCCUCCAGCUUGCCACUCGCUGUAACCCACACCUACAGCGACACACACAGCAACAUGCUGCAGCUGCCGUGCCUGGCCGCCGUGGUCGUAACCUUGAUGGCCUCCUGUGCCUCAGGUGACACAGGUUAUUUCUGGCACGUGACUGACUUUCAUUACGACUUCACCUACUGGGAUCACCAACUGUCCUGCAACAACAACGUCACCAACCCGGGUCCGCUGGGCGACUACUGGUGUGACUCACCCUGGAGACUGGUCACCGACACCAUCGCCGCCAUGGGUGACAUCAAGUCUGAUGUGGACUUCCUGAUAUGGACCGGGGACACGGUGGCGCACAUCGAAGACGAGCACCUCAACGUCAGCCUCAACAUGGAGAUCAUGCAGAACCUCACCGACGCUCUGGAUUCUGGCUUCCCCAACAAAACAAUCUACGCCACGUUCGGCAACCACGACUACCACCCGACCAACCAGUUUCCCGCCACUGGCAGCGAAAUCUACAAUCGUACCGCAGAGAUGUGGAAGAAGUGGAUCCAAGAGGAAGAACAAAUGAACAACUUCCGGAAGGGUGGCUAUUACACCAAAUCAAUCUGGCCUAACUUGAGAAUUGUGGGACUCAAUACUAAUCUCUACUACACGUCAGACAAAGUGACUGUCAACAUACCUGAUCCCACAGGACAGCUAGCCUGGUUGAGUCAAACUUUGCAAAAUGCAAAAAAUAAAACAGAAAAGGUUAUCGUUACUGCUCAUAUCCCUCCCGGCGUGCACACACCAAGCCGCGUGGUGUGGUUCCAGGAGGCGUUCGUCGCGCCGUUCAUGACUAUCAUCAGCAACUUCUCCGACAUCAUUGUUGGCAUGCACUUCGGCCACGACCAUCAUGAUGGCUUUAAGGUCUUUUACGACAGUCAGGGUCAGCCAGCUGUCCCGCUGUUCGUUGCGCCCUCUGUGACCCCCUGGCGUUACAAGUUGAAGACUGGGGAGAUCGGUCCCCCUCACAACCCCGCCGUCAGGCUCGUCUCCUUCGACCGCACCUCUGGAAAACAUCUGAACAUCCAGCAGUACCGCCUGGACCUGCCUCAGGGCAAUCUUCAGAAAAAGGCCAACUUCACCUUGCUGUACAACUUCACACAGCAAUAUCAAGUGAACGAUAUCACCGCAGCAUCCCUGCACGAGCUCACCGUGCGCAUGAAGCGUGUCAACUCUGAAGGAGAUCAACUUGUCAAUGAUUAUUACAGAUUCACCACCGCUGAUGCAGUGCAGGAAGACUCAGCCAAGACCUGCGAUAGUGUGUGCCAAAGUCGCAUAAGAUGUGGACUAACCGACCACCUGAUGGGCAGUUUCGACGCAUGCGUGGCGAAAUACACAACAGACACCUCAGCUUCUCACAAUCUUAUAAGUGUUGACCUUGUCCUGCUCCUUUUGAUGACCUGUCUAAGCAUGGAGCUCUUCUUUAAUUAGUCCCAAACUGAUUGACCGCUUGGGCAUAGAGAGCAGGAGUGUAUAAAGUUGUCUCCAUUUAGAAGUAGCUAGUUUGCUUUAGGUCUUACAUGUUGCUGCUGAUGACUAUCCUCUUAGUGAUUUUGCUGUACGCCGUCAGUGACUAAUCUGUUUGAAACCAGGGCUCUUAUUCACGAAACACUUUUACCCAACCUGUUACUUUACCCGAGUUGGGAAGUCGGCUCAUGUGAGAUAGCGGCUCAAACCUAUAGAGAUGGGGUAGACCUACCCAAAUCCUUUUACCAGCCGGUAUUUUAUUGGAGCGUUCCUCUUUCCGUAACUUUCUCCCCUCUAGGGUAAAUAUGGCGGACAUCGUGAUUGACUUACUUCGACCGAAGUGAACACAAUUGGCCUUUCGGGGUUUUUUUUUUUUGUUGUUUUUUUUUUUUGUUUGUUUUUUGUGGUUUUUUUUUUUGUUUUUUUUUUUUGUUGUUUUUUUUUUGUUUUGCUGGUUGCUUCAGAAUGAAAAUAAAUUAUCAAUUUUGUAAUCAUGUUGAUUAAUCUGAUUGAGGAAUAUCAUUUGGUCAUAAUAAAUAAACUCGACUUUCCAUUGCUUCUUGCUUGCUUUUUUCGAUUUAAAAAAUCUCCAUUUAGUUAUUUUAGUUAUUUCAUGCUUCAUCCUCCGACCCAAAAUUGCAUACCCUCAUACCCUUUCUCGGAAAUCCCGGUUGUAUUUCCUCAGUGGCUUAUAAAUCCUGAGUUAUUUUGCCUGUCUGGAUUCCCUACCCAAGUUAGAGUAAUCUUAUCAAUGGGUACGCCGCUGGUGUCCAUGAAUAUGAGCCCUGACUGUUCUCUUUUCUCAAACCCUUCUGGACAUCGGUGAUCUACUACGUCAUUCGGACCGUUGUACCGUCUGCGUCCAGUGACCAAACGUCGCCCCGUCAUCUAACCUUUCCUCCUUUCUUUGAUUGAAGACCAACUGCUGACAUAUACAGUAGUGGAUUCAUCCAGCAGUUGAUCUUCACUAUUGUUUAUUUACAUGAUCUCUUGUGUAUAAGCGGAAACAAAACAUGGAUGAAGAUCUUUUUCUUCAGGCGCUUACAAAUGAGCUCUGACGAAAAGCAUCUGACAUAAUUUUUUUAAGGUCUGCGUUAUCUAACUGAAACAUGCUUAUUGUCAACAGCCUUAACUUUUACAAAUCUUACAAAAAUGUAUUAAAAUAAUUGAAAAUAAAAAUUUGAUUGAACAGUAA